AGCAGACACACCGCCGCCGUCCAGCAGUCACCUCUCCACUCCCCAAACUUUACCGCUGAUGCUUUCAGGAGCACCUGUCGUCCCAACAUCCUUUGCGUGUCCAAUAUGGAAGAACUGGCGGUGGAGGUCCGUGGCUCCAACGGGGCUUAUUACAAGGGCUUGGUCAAAGAUAUCCACGAUGACUCUCUCACCAUUGCUUUUGAGAACAAUUGGCAGCCAGAGCGCCAGGUGCCCUUCAGUGAUGUCAGGCUGCCACCGCCCACUGAAGGGAAGAAGGACAUCGGAGAGGGCGAGGAUGUCGAGAUAUUCUCCAGAGCCAAUGAUCAGGAGCCUGGUGGUUGGUGGCUGGCCAAAGUCCGCAUGAUGAAGGGAGAUUUCUAUGUGAUAGAAUAUGCUGCCUGCGACGCCACUUACAAUGAGAUUGUGACCUUUGACCGUCUGCGUCCAGUCAACCCUAACAAGGCCAUCACCAAGAACUCCUUUCACAAGUGCACUGUCCCCGUUCCUCAGGAUCUACAAGAAGCGUGCCAGAAUGAAAAUGCCCAUAAGGACUUCAAGAAAGCAGUCGGAGCCUGUCGCAUCUCAUACUGCCCUGAGACCAGCCAACUAGUGAUUGUGUCCACAAAUGAGGCGACAGUGAAGCGUGUGUCAUUGCUGAGUGACAUGCACCUGCGCAGCAUCAGGACCAAGCUGUUGCUGAUGUCACGCAACCAUGAGGCCACAAAGCACCUGGAGAGCUCCAGGCAGCUGGUGUCAUCCUUCCAGGAGGAGUUUAUGGUGAGACUGGAUCUGAUGGGCCUGGCCAUUGGCAGCCAUGGCAGCAACAUCCAGCAAGCACGAAAAGUGGCAGGUGUCACUGCCAUCGAGCUUGAUGAGGAAACAGGCACUUUCCGGAUUUAUGGAGAGUCAGCAGAGGCCGUGAAGAAGGCCAGGGGCUACCUUGAAUUUCUGGAAGACUCUGUUCAGGUGCCCAGAAACCUUGUUGGCAAAGUGAUUGGUAAGAACGGUAAGGUCAUUCAGGAGAUUGUGGACAAGUCCGGCGUGGUGAGAGUCAGGAUAGAAGGAGACAAUGACAACAAGCAGCCCCGACAGGAAUUGACACAGGGAAUGGUCCCAUUCACCUUUGUCGGUACUAAGGAGAGUAUUGGCAAUGUCCAAGUCUUGCUGGAGUACCACAUCUCCUAUCUCAAUGACAUGGAGGAGCUUCUUGUGGAGGGCCAGCAGCUAGAGGAAGAGCUAAGGCAGAUUGUAGCUGUUACACAGGGAAGAAGCCUAGCAAGACUCAGAAUGAGCAACACAAAUCACACUGGAUAUGAUGUAGAUGAGGUUGAACAGCUUCGUCUGGAGAGGAUGCAGAUUGAUGAACAGUUACGUCAGAUCACUCAGGGUCACCGACCAGCUGACAGGGAGAGAGGGGAGAGAGGAGAUGGCAGUGCCAAUGCUUCCUCGUCCUCUUCACAUACCACUCGCUCCUACAAUGGUCGGGGGCGUGGGCGUAGAGGCCACAGCUACAGCACUGGAUAUGGCACCAACUCAGAGCAGUCCAAUGCCUCUGAGACAGAUUCAGAGCGCAGGGAUGAGCUCAGUGACUGGUCCCUUGCUGGAGAGGACCAGGACAGGGAGAGGGAGAGAGGCCAGCGCCCACAAAGAGAUGGUCGCAGGAGGAUUGGACCCGGUAGAGGCCGAGGAGGGACUGGAGGACGGGGAAGAGGAGGAAGGGGAGGAUACAACAACAGCUCUGCAGGACCUCGGGACCAUGAGGACAACCAUGCUUAUGGAGCCGUGGAGACAAACACAGAGACAGACCAGACAGCUGAUACAGACGCCAGUGAGUCCAACCUGCCUGCCAACCGACGCAGAAGAUCUCGGCGACGCAGAACAGAUGAGGACGCCACUCUGAUGGACGGCAUGAGCGAGUCAGACAACGCCUCAAUGAGUGAAAAUGGAGCAGAUGAGCCCGAGGCUAAACCUCAGCGUCGUAACCGUAGUCGACGUCGUCGCAUCCGUCUGCCUGAGGAGAGGCAGCCAGUGACCGUGGCUGACUACAUAUCCAGGGCUGAAUCUCAGAGCAGACAGACCACCAAGGACACCAAGAUAAAUAAGGAUGUGGGUCAGGUGGAUGCCAUUGCUGAGAACAGCCCGCCGUCCGCCCCGGCCACCACCAAUGGCUCCAACAACAAUGCUGCCGACAGUGAGGGCAGCAAUGCCACCAGUGCUCCUACGUCUUCCACUGAGAGGCCCGCCAAAGUCUCCUACAAAGGGGACUCUAACCCGCAACCCGUUGUAAACGGACUCUCCUAGUCAGACUGGAGCAUAGGGAAUGGUUUCAAAUAUUUUAAAUUCUUUGGCUGCACUCGAUUGAAUCUCCCUCGCUGUGGAGCAGCCUUAAAAACAAAACAUUUAAAUACAACAAGCACUGUUGCUUUUUUUUACUUUACAAAUAUUUGAAACCUGUUCCACUAUUUUAGAGGUCUGAACCUUAACCUCCCCUUUACACACGUGUUCUGUCCAACUAUUCAUUUUACUACCGUUUUUGUACAAUAGUACUUCCUGUAUGAGCUUGCCAAAGAUAGUCAAAACACACAGACACACACUCACAGACAUCUACUUAAUCGUACUUUUCAGUCCACUCUUCAUUGAGAGCUCAGGGAGAGGUCGGGCUGAACGCAGUAUUUAUAAAAUGCAGACAGGGAUUUCACUCAAACCCAUACUGUGGUAUGAAUGCAGCAGUUCCUUUUUUUAUUGAUAUAAAUAAUAUCAUAGCAGGGUUUUAGGAAAAAAAGUCCACCUUUUACUUGCUGGACUUAAAAAGAUGCUUCCACAACCUUUUUCAGGAUGUUUUGUGCAUCUGAAGUAGUUUGUAAAUUAAAUGUUCUGCAUGAGCAUUACCACAGUGCAGAUAGGUUUGUUGGAAACCCACGUAUGUUUGACAUACAUGUGAUCAGCUGUUGUGCCUUGAGAGUAGAUUCAACAUGUUGUUGCCUGGCUCUGCACACCAUCUGAAAUCUUUUCACUUAUUUCUGUGUUACUUGGUGACCAUAGCCUGCCACAGAUGAACCAGAUGGAGGGGAGGCAGGUGGAGGCAAACACUGAAAGGAUUUCAGAGACAUAUCUUUUUAAAAUCAGGUGUGUUUAUUCUUAAUGUUUGUGGGGAAAAUGAGUCUAGUUAUCCUUUAUAUAUGUAUCUGUUGAAGAGUUUGACAAUAGCUGCUUUCUGUUUUUCAAUAUGCAACCACUUCAGUCAGAAAGGAAAUGUUAUUACAGCGUGUCUGGAAAAGAAAAACAAUAGAAGAGUUGUUUUCUUUGCACUGAAACAUAUACGUUUUCUGUUAAAAAGUUGAUUGUAGUUGAGUCUGGAAACUGUUAAUGUUUAUUGCUGGACAGAGAUGUAGCCAUUAGUGCUGGGUUUCCUUGCAACAUCUCGUUGCUAAACAUCAGGUAGUUCAUGAUAUCAAGUAUGACGAGAGCAAUCCAGUUACUUCAAAAGAGACUCAAAGCAUGUUUGCUGUAAUCUGAGGUUAAAAUCUCAAAUUGCAAACAUUCUGUUUGAGCUGUAAGAACCAGACUACCAUGGUGAUGAGAUGUUUCUGGAAAACCGAGCCCAGGUGACAAUGUCAUUUUCAUGGUUCUUCCACAGACUGGCUGGCUGGAAACUGGUCACGACUGUUCCAUUAAGGAAGGAGAUUUAUUUGGUUUAUUUAUUUAAGAAAUGUACAGUAUUUAAAAGAAAAAAACAAAAACAAGAGAAGCUCUUCUUUUUCUUGACACUAAAACAUGCGUUACCUAGGGUUUUCUUUUCAAACAAAUGACAAUUUGGACUACUGAGAGUUGUCACAUCCCAAGUGUUUUUGUUGGGUCAACUACAGUAUGUUUUUUUUUUUUUUAAUGGAUCGUUCUGGUUGGUUGAUGUGCAAUAUGUUUUGUAUGCAGGUAGUUCUUAAAUAAACUUGAUCUUCCAUGUAGAUCUAAAACCA